AGCACCCUGAGUGAGGCUGCUUCACGUGCACCGUAACCUGCAAGCUCGGAUCUUAUGUAUAUAGGUUAUAUUGUGUUAGCAGUAUUAUCGAAUUUUAUAUUGUUUAAAAGUAUUAAAAUCGUGAAAUGAAAAGUACAGAAUGACGGAAGUUCAAAUAUAAUACAUUUUCUGGUACUUUUUACCUCGACGAGCGCGCUGGACUACUUCGAUGCCCCACUACAUCCCAAGAGCACGCACCUCUGAUCAUCCCCACCCUGUGCGGGAUACACCACGCGGUCGUGUGUCGCCCCUGUAUCCUCCCGCACACGACACACGUCGGCCGCCACGCGACCAGUGCACACGCACUUCCUGCAGCAGGGAUAGACAGCAGUCACCACCGAGGAUACGCGCGUGCGCGCGCUGUUUCUUCUAUGACCGCACGCGACUGCGAAUGUCGCGGGUAGCCGCGACACGUGAGCGCUGAUAAAAUUUUCGCCGUCGUCGCGAGUCGGGACAAGUGAUCAAGACUGACUGCUCCUUUUAUUUCACGAUCGUGAAGUUGCGUUGUUCGUGUUGUGACUGUGAUCUAUCGUGAAAUCAUGCCACGUGAAUGAAUUUCGCCAAAGUUCCGAAGUUAUAUGAUUUUUAACUGGUGAAAGCAAUCAUAUAUUUCAAGUUCCACACAUCAUUGGACACUUGAAGAUUUUCGAAUCCUGGCAUGUAAAUUUUGCCUAACAUCGAUAAUUUAAUAAUCGGAACUAGAUGGUUUUUAAUUGAUUGAACAAUUUAUCAGGCUGCAAUCGUACUGAAGAUUUUGUGGAUUCUGUGAAGAUCUGGUUUAUCUUGAGUUAUCUUUUUGAAACAUAAUUGUUUAGUGAAAAUCAUAGAUUACUCACAUACACUUAAUGAAGCUUGAAUAAUCUCCUCUGAUUCGUGCCGAAAUCAUGUUCAAUUUUAUUUCGUACAAUUUUGAAAGAAUAUCGGCAAUUUACUGAAAAAUCACGAGGAUGUUACGGAUUUAUCGAUAGGCAAUUACCGCGAGUUAGCCGCUUUUUUUUCGAAAAUUAUAUGCUUAGAAAGAGAAGCAUACGCCCAACUACUGACAAGAGAUCUGCAAGUUUCGAUCACUUUACUCGUGGGACCGUUUUACCUUUUCACCAUGACGAGCUGCACAUCUACGAUUAUUGAAGAUUUGUAACGGUUGUCCUCCAUUUGUCAACGGACCCGGCGCGGCGGUAUCACAAUGCGAUUACGAUGACACCUCAUUGCUCAUGCAUAAUUAUGAAAUCGAUAUUUUACAUUAAACGGUAAUGCGAAUGUGUGAUCGGUUUAAACGAGCGUGUCGAUAUAUUAAACACGGAUCACAUCAAGCCACUCCACUCGAUCGGCUUCGCCGUCCGCUUCAACCCUUUCGAAACUAUUAACGCAACAUGUGGCGCGUGGUGGUCGCGCGUUCCGACGACAACAGCACUUUGCUGUCUUCCGAAAUUACUUCCGGUGUGGCUGCGUCCAGUCAUCUGCCGCCACCGCCGCCGCCGCCUCCACCGCCGCCACCGCCGGGUCAUCACUGGGGUUAUCCGCAGCCACCUCAUCAUCCAUCCUAUCAGACAUCAUUGCAGCAUUCGGAUAUGCGUCAUCAUCAUGACAUGCGUCCACCUGCACCGCACGAGCUGCGACACGCGGCCGGCGAUCUCAGAAAUCAGGACUUGCAGCGGCUGGACCUGCGACAUCCGGAGAUGCAGAGGCAUCAGGAUAUUCGACAACAGGAUAUACAAACCAUGAGAUCGGAUAUAUCGAUCGGACAUGCACGACCUAAUCACGAGUUUUUAGAAUUAAAGAUCGACACGGAUUUAAGGGUUCGAAAUAGUGGCCAACCGCAGCAGCAAUCGCAGCAACAACAGCCACCGCAACAAAAUCAGGGACAUCAGCAAAGAAAUUUGAAGAGAACUAUGAGCGACUCCGAUUGCGAUGACGUAUUCUCGGAGGAAAGCGGCAAGGAACCAUGCAAUUCGCCUGGAGGAGACUCCUGUCAACAUGCAUCGCGAAAACGCAGAAGAGGAAUGAUCGAGAAAAAACGUCGUGACAGAAUCAACGCAUCCCUCGGCGAGCUCAGGAGAUUGGUUCCGGCAGCCGCGAGAGAUCCUCAUAGCGGAAAGCUGGAGAAGGCUGAGAUUCUGCAGCUCACCGUUGAGCAUCUGCGCACUCUCCGCAAUAAAGGACCAGAGGGCUACGACAGCACAAAGCUAGCCAUGGAUUACCACGCGGUUGGCUGGGGCGAAUGCGCUGCCGAGGUGGGCCGCUACUUAGUAACUAUGGAAGGCCUGGAUGAGAGAGAUCCCUUACGGUUGCGACUGUUGUCACAUCUACAAAGCUUCCAUCGCGAGCAUCCACCAUCCACUGUGCCUUCGGCGGUAUCAUCAGUGCCUACGACAUUAACAUCCAUCUCCACUGCCAGCAGUUACGAGGCGCCGUCGACUAUAGUCUCCACUGGGAUAUCAUCCGGGGCCGGAGGCAUGCCGCCACUUCUUGGCAGCAGCACCCUCGGUUGGGGCCAGUACCCGGGUCAGUAUCCCCAGCAACAGCACGGGAAACACUAUCGGCCCUGGGGCACUGGUGAACUGGCAUACUGACCUUGUAGUUCAAUGCACAAUUGAUACGUGUAUAGAAUGUUUGGAAAUAAAUAACGAACUCGAGUU